GGUGUAGCAGCCCGCCUGUAGGAAGGCUCGUAGUUUAGUUUUUCAAUUUACCGUGGAUGUAUUAUGGUUUACGUUGGUCAACUUUAUUUAUAGGUGUAAUGUUGGCAUUUUACCAGGAAAUCUCGUAAAGCGACGUUUCCUUAUAGACUUUUAAAGCUGCUAUGGAAUUAUGAACUUAUAUAAGAAAUAAUCAAUUGUUUUUAAUUCUCUCAGAUAUGCCUACAAUUUACAGUAAAAUAUACAAUGCAUUCUCGAAAUAUCCUCUAUUACGAGGAAUGGCAUCCUAUUGUGUUAUUUGGCCCACAUCUAGUUUAGUUCAGCAAACAUUUGAAAGGAAUAAAUUUGGUGACUAUGACUGGUGGAGAUGUGCCCGCUAUGGUCUAUAUGGCUCCUGUUAUGUUGCCCCUACUUUGUAUAGUUGGCUUACAAUUGCUAAUAUUAUGUGGCCUGGAAACUCGAUACGUGCUGGCAUAAUCAAGACAUUUGUUGAAACUUUAACCUACACACCAUUUGCUAUGUGCAGCUUCUACUUUACCAUGAGUCUGUUAGAAUCAAAGCCUUUCAAUGAAGCUGUUGCUGAAGUUGAAGCCAAGUUUCUACCAACAUAUAAGAUGGGUGUUUCAAUAUGGCCAGCUAUAGCUAUGAUAAAUUUCUGUCUCAUUCCUCCAAGAAACAGGGUACCAUUUAUUAGUCUUUGUAGUCUUGUGUGGACUUGCUACCUUGCAUAUAUGAAACAUUUGGAUAAAGAGAAAGUCAUUGUGUCAUCAACUACAAACCCUGUUAAAUUGCUAAAAGCAACUUUAUGAAAUGAUAUAUUUGAAUUAGCCAAUUUUUAAACAUUUUAGACGAAUUUUAUAGCAUCAUUUAGUAAAGCAAUUUAUUAUAGUACAAUAAUUUAUAUAAUAAUUCCAUCUCGAAAAUGUGUGAUAUAUAAAUGUUAGUAAUCUCAAUGUUAGUUAAUAAAAAUAAAAAGUGAUAUUUUUUUUCUUAUGUAUAUAUGUAAGGUAUAUACUUGUCAAAAAAAUAACAUUUUUGUAUUCUUGAUAAUCAAGAAUAUGCAGAAAAGAUCGUGUAUAUUUUAUAGAAUUAAGAAUAGUAUUAAGUAAAUGUGUGAUAAAAUCGUAAAUUAUUGCUGUUGACAUUUAAUAAAAAUAUAUUUUCUGUU